AUGCUCGCUAUGGAUUAAGGCCCAUUUGUCAUCUGUACUGUGAAUCGAGCCUGCCAGUUACCAGAAAUGCAAGUGCAUCACAAUUUCAAGAUGUUCCUACUAACAAACCGAAUGGAUGGCGUGAAAGGAUUUAUGGCAAGAUUCCUACGUCGUCGCAUCAUCGAGGCCGAGUUCCGCUUAUCACGCCAGACACAACCGGAGUUGGUGCGAGUGAUUCAGUUCCUGCCUAUUGUUCUACAGGCUGUGAACACCUUCAUUGAAAAAGCGAAUUCCUUGGAUGUAACGAUUGGACCACGAAUUUUCCUCCAGUGCCCAUUAGGUGUUGAGGAAUCCCGGGCGUGGUUCGUUCGACUUUGGAAUCAAAACAUCGUUCCGUAUAUGGUCAAAGUUGCUAGAGAAGGGGUCAAAGUACUUGGACGGUGUGGUUCGUUUGAAGACCCAACAGACAUCGUUUGUGAACAUUGGCCGUGGUUGGAAGGACCGUCAGGUGAAGAAUGUCUCAAUAGGUUAUCAAUCAAGGAAACAAUAGGCCAGUCGAUGCCGAAACAGCCCUUCAACCCACUGGACACGUUGAUUCGACUACAAGCAAGCCGUAAUGCUGCCAUCGAUAAUGUAUAA